AUGGGCUUCGGUAAAACAUGGAGAUCAUGGGUUAGAGAGUGUGUUAGGUCGGCAUCCAUCUCUAUUCUGGUCAAUGGGUCACCAUCAAAACCAUUCAAAAUGGAGAAGGGCCUACGGCAAGGGGACCCGUUAUCGCUGUUUCUGUUUGUUCUGGUGGUGGAUGUGCUUAACCGGAUGAUAAGGGAGGCAGUAAGGAAUGGUUGGAUAUCUCCACUCUUAGUCGGGAGGGAUAAUAUAGAGUUGUCACACUUACAAUUUGCUGAUUACACUAUAUUAUUCUGCCUGCCGGAAGAGGAGACAGUGAGAAACUAUAAGAGACUUCUGAGGUGCUUUGAAUUGAUGUCUGGACUGAGCAUUAAUUUUGAGAAGUCCAACUUGAUACCAGUGAACUGCAGUCAGGAGUGGGUUAGCCGAAUGUGUCAACUACUAGGGUGUCAGGAGGCAGCACUACCGGUGAGGUAUCUUGGCAUUAACCUAGGAGCAAACCCACGGUUAGUAAAAACUUGGAAGCCGGUUCUAGAUAAGGUGGAGGAAAAACUAAGCUUGUGA